AUGAAGACCCUACUUGCGUACGGGCUGCUGUUACUCUUUGUCGGAGCGGCCCGAGGAGCCUCGUUCUAUGGUGACGGCUUCGUGCAGGUGAAGAUAACAGAUUCGUCUCGAAACAACAGACUCCACGUUCGCUUCCGCACUUCUAGUCAGAGCGGGCUGAUUUUCCUGGCCGUGGGGCAGAGCGAUUACCUGCUGCUGGAACUGAACUCUGGCCGACUACAGGCAAAACUGGACAUCAGCUCUGGAGAGCAAAUCCUGCACUCAGACAGUGGAAACCCUUUAAACGACUUGGCCUGGCACACGGUAGACCUCAUCCACGAAGGCCACGAUGUCAGUUUAACCCUGGACAAGCAUUUUCACACCAGCGAGACACUUCCGGGCCCGAAACAAGAGCUCGUCAUUACAGACGGCUUGUACGUCGGCGGGACGGGAGGUCUGGAUAAACUCUAUCUCCCUAAUGGUCUUUCUGGCUUCCGCGGUUGUCUGGAUGACGUGACGUUCAACCAGCACAACCUUCUGUCAUCGCUCAGGCCCUACCCUGGUUUAAAAAGCGUCCACGAGGUCUCCCUGGGGUGCAGCCCGCAGUUCUUGGCUAACGAAGACGACGCCGUUAGUUUUUUCAGCUCUAGGGCGUACGUCUCCCUUCCGGGUUGGUCUGCGCAGACGGAGUGGACUCUGGAAUGCGCUGUGCAUACCGCAUCUCGAGAGGGGAUCGUUAUGUAUAACUCGGCUCGACAGGGGGACUUCGUCGCUGUGGAGAUUCGAGAAGGUUUUAUGGUCGCCGUAGUGGGUAAAGACGGCGUACAUACGGAGGUGCGCUCUUUAACUUUGAUCAGCGAUAAGAAGUGGCACUACGUUAAGCUUUACUUCACCGCGAAAAGCUUGCAGCUAAGCGUAGAUAAAGACACGGUGAGGGCCAGCAUCGGAUCAAGAUCAAAAUCCCUGCAGCUAAAAGGUUCGCUUUUUUUGGGUGGUGUUGACGACGCUACUCGCACUGACGUUAAAAAUGCCGGCCUGUCGUCGGUUUCCGGGAAGCGCAUCAAAGGCGGCUCCUUCAAAGGAUGCUUCAGAGAUAUCAAGGUUGGCGGGAUCAAAACUGGUCUCCCUAAUGCCGUAGUGACCAAAGACGUCUCGGUUGGCUGCGAAUCGGACGAAGAACCCGAAAUCUUUACCACUAUAAGUCCGACCACCUUGCCUCGGACCUUCUCCGGCCCAGUCACUGCCAUCCCACCUGUGGAUACAUCUACUCUCGAAAAGGGUUUGGUCAAGAAGCACGGACAGAAUUUCCUGCACCUCAGGAACCUUGUCGUUCAAGAAGGCGGCCGCGCAUCGUUAGAGUCCAAACAUAUCAAAGUAAACCUGGACUUCAAGAAGCUCGGUAUCCGCCAGUCGCAGAUCGUGUUCAGGAUUCGAGAGCAGCCCGUGCACGGUCAGCUUCGGAUCGACGUGAACCAGGAGCAGGAGGAGAACACCUUCAGCUUGCUGGAUCUCUGGCAUGGCAGGGUGGUGUACGUCCACGGGGGUUCCGAAGACCCACGUGACCACUUCAUGUUCUCCGUGUUCUCCGACAGCAGGAAAGAGAAGCCGAGCUAUCUCAAGGCGGAAAAGCUGUAUCGAUUUAACGUCACGGUGACCCCGACGAACGAUGCUCCUGAGCUGAGCCUACCGGAGGGGAAUCUCUUCGUUCUUAUCGAGAACUCGAGGAAACCGCUAAGCGUUGACGUCUUGAAAGCCUCAGACGUUGACAGCAACCUCACGGACUUGGUCUACUCCGUCUUGGGGAACCUCAAUGCCGACGCUGGGUUUCUGGAAGCUGAAGAAAAUCCCGGUCGAGCGAUAACCUCCUUCUCUCACUCCGACCUGGAAGCCGGGAAGAUCAACUACGCCCACGCUGGUGUAAGGAACUCCAGAAUUGUGUUCAGAGUCAGCGACGGAGACAAGCUCAGCAACACGGUAGUGCUAAGAAUUAUGGCUGUCAGAUUGACGUACAGUAUCUCAAACAACACCGGAUCUGAGGUCACGCAAGGAGAGGCGGUUCUGAUUACCAACGCACAAUUAGCGAUCCAGACGAAUGCCAUAAGACAAGCCGUGGACAUCCGUUACGACGUCUUAGAGGCGCCGAAGUUCGGCGAGGUGCAGACGCUCGAUGAGGACGGAGAGUGGACGGUUACGGACGCGUUCUCUCAAAGACUCUUAGAGAGGGAGCGCUUGAGGUACGUCAGCACCUUCAAGGACGUCCAGACGGGUGACGUUACGGACGAUUUCAGGUGUAAAGUCACAGUCGGAGGCAAAAGCGAAUCCGCACUGGAACUCGCGUUUCCGGUAAAAAUCAAAUGGAUAAGGUACACCCUGGAGAGAAACAAAGUUCUCGAAAUGGACAAACUCAGAAGGGUAACGGUCGAUUCCCAGCAUCUCUACGCAAGAGCGCGAGGAGUGACUUUAAGCGAGGAUGAGAUUCACUUCCGAAUUCUGUCUUCCCCGAAGAAAGGAAGACUUUUACUUAACGACGGCGAGUUAGAGCUAGUCGACGAUGCAACGUUCAGUCAAAAGGACGUCACGGAUAAGAAGGUCGAAUAUCGGUUACUCGACAGACCCUACAAAGACACGAGCGACAAUUUUGAAUUUCAAGUGUUCAGCAAACACGCUUGCUCAACCAGUCACGUCUUUCGGAUAAGUAUCAAGGCUGACGUCAAUAGCGUCUUCGUGAAGAACCUUGGGCUUUCCUUUUCCGAAGGGGAGAGCAAGCUCAUCACCAAGGAACAACUGUUUGCCGAGACUCUGAGCACUAAGGACAUCUACUAUACGGUCAUCGAGGGUCCAGAACACGGCAAGCUAACCCGAAUCAACCUAUCCAACUCGACUAAACACUACGACAACCUGCUGUCCUUCACCAAUCAGGACAUCGUAGAAAAUCGCCUCAUAUACGUUCACGAUGACAGCGAAACAACCGAAGAUCACUUUGUAUUUCUGGCAUCUACAAGUCCAGUGUCGAAUCCCACUUCGAACGGGGAUGACGUCGGCACCAAGGAAGGGAGGUUCAACAUCUCUAUCCGGCUGGUAAACGACGAGAAGCCGGUCCGCGUCGUGGACAGAGUCUUCCACGUCGUCAAAGACGGUCAGAGGUUGCUCACCCUGGACGACCUGUGCUACCACGACCCCGAUUCGGACUUCAGAGACGGGCAGCUGGUGUACACCCGUCGCGGUAUCCCCUUGGGCGAUCUGGUUCUGGUGAACGACACCUCUCACAGGCUGUACCAGUUCCGCCAGGAGGACCUGGAACAGAAGCGAGUCCUGUUCGUCCAUCGCGGCGCCAGCUCCGGACGCUUCGUGCUCUUUGUUUCCGACGGCAAGCACUACGUCUCCUCGCUGCUGGACAUCAGCGCCCAGGAUCCGUACCUGAGGGUCGCCGAUAAUACAGGCCUGUUGGUUCAGAAAGGCCAGGCUAGGACGUUUAGCAAUGCUAAUUUUAGCAUUGAUACAAAUUUAGAUGUCAGGGAUGACGGCGAAAUCGCAUUCAAGAUACAGGAAGCUCCGAAACAUGGUCAGUUAUAUUUGGAAGAUAAGAAAAUCGAAUCCUUUACGCAGCGUGAACUGAAAAGUGCGUCGCUGUUGUAUCACCAUGACAACAGCGAGAACUUAGCAGACUUUUUUAACGUCACAGUCGAAGCGAAAGGGUUACGUGUGGAUGCCAGAAUCAGUGUCAAAGUCUAUUUGGAAAGCCACCAAAGGCCGCCGGUCAUACGUCACAACAAAACCCUCGUGGUGGAGGAAGGGAAGCCUGUGAAGAUUGAACGUAGCAAACUUGAGGUCAUUCAUGAAGCUAAUCCACCCUCGGAAAUAAUUUUCACCGUCAAAACGGCCCCCGCGUAUGGAUACCUGCGUGCUUUUGUUGACGGUAAAGACCAGUUCCAAGGAACCAAAGAGGAACCCCUAAAAACCUUCACACAACACAACGUCAACGCUGGUAACGUCCAGUACGUCCAGUCAACGCCCGACCGCCUGAACGACUCCUUCGUCUUGGAGGCCAGUAAUGGGGUGGCAGAAGUCAGUGACAUCGUUUUAUCGGUGGACGUCGUCCCUCGCUUCAUACCUGUCCGGGUGUCCAAUAUUACCCUGAAAGAAGGCGCGUCCAAGGCGCUCACGGAGAAGAUCAUCAGAGUUACCAACCAGCACUUCUCCGGGGUCCAGUUUGUGUACUACGUGUCCGAGGGACCAAAGCACGGGCGCAUCGAGAACUCUCGUUUCCCAGGGACCCCCACCACCUACUUCACCAGAAAACAGGUGGAGCAGGAGUUCAUCUACUACGUCCACGACAACUCCGAGACGUUGGAGGACUGCUUCACCAUCACAGCCAACGCCACGGACAUCCGUAAACACAGCACGCCCAGGACGGUGUACGUCCAGAUCACACCGGUGAACGAUGAACCUCCGGUUAUUACAGCCAACAAAGUGCUCAAGGUCUGGGUUGACUCUAUGACAGAAGUCACUACAGAGGACUUGAAGGCAAAAGAUGACGAUACCAGUCCAGAAGAUCUACACUACAUCAUCACUCAACCCAGUAACGGUCACCUGGCUCUGAAGAGUGCUCCCAGUAGACCCAUUAUGAACUUUACGCAGACUCACAUUGACCACGGAGAGCUACUGUUUGUGCACAAUGGAGCCACAGCAGGAGGCUUCAGCUUCCAGGUAAACGACGGUGUAAACUUCGCUCCGAGGCAGAUAUUCAGCGUCACGGCUCGUGCCCUGGUUCUGCGUCUGGAAAGGAGCGGCCCGCUUAAGGUGUUCCCAGGCACUUCAUCCCUCAUUUCGAGAGAGGUUCUCAAAGCAGUAACCAACGACGAUGAAGGCGGCGGGAACCGCACCAUUGUUUUUAGUGUUGUUAAUUCGCCCAGAUUUGGAAAGCUGGUAAAGGUGGAGACGGACGAGGCAAAGAGAGAGAUUUCUACCUUUACACAAGAAAUGAUAAAUGACGGUAAGGUGGCAUAUGAACAAAACGUAGACUCUGUGGGAUGGGCAACCCUAGACAGGAUCACGUUCACCAUGUCAUCACCUCCCGCCAGCUUAGAAGCUCAGAACCUGGAUAUCGACGUCUCUUAUGAAAACGCAGGACCCGAGCAAAGCUCUCGUCUUCUUAAAAACACAGGGGCGGUGGUAACAGAAGGCGGCAAAGUCGUGAUUGACGAGACCAUGUUGGACGGAUCGAAUCUCCUCACCAAGCAACCCGAAUCCCGACGCAACUCCUAUGAAGUCUGGUACCGGGUCAAGUCCUUACCUCGACACGGCGUCAUCGUCGUAGGUGAACGGAACCUCACCAAGGAAAAGCCCUACUUCUCUCAGUUCAUCCUGAACAAAUUCGGAAUAACGUACAUGCACGACGACUCCGAGACCCUUUGCGACCACUUCGUGUUCGACACCUUCCUCAACCUGAAGAGUAAGCCCGCGCAGCGCCCUGCGGAUGACCGCGAGGCGGUGGAGGAAACCUUUAACGUCACCGUCACGCCGGUUAACGAUCAGCCACCCGUCUUGAAAACCAAGACCCCGGGUGUGAAAGUUGUCCAAGGAGACACUGUGGUUCUGGGUCCGAGCGAUUUGAACGUCGAAGAUCUCGACAACCUCCCUGAUGAAAUCCGGUACACUGUGAUCAGCAGACCGAGCAACGGCUUCCUGGCUCUUGCGGGAGGUUUAAAUCUCUCAGUGGAUACGUUUACUCAAGCCCAGAUCAACAACGGGGAGGUUUUAUUCAUCCAAGACGGCAGCCCUACUUCUGGGGUGUUCUAUUUCAGCGUCACUGAUGGCCACCAUCGACCGGUUUACAAACUCUUCAAUCUAGAAGUUCUGAAGAUCACAAUUUCAAUUAUCAAUCAAACAGAUGUGAUCCUGGAACAGGGGCGGACGUCUGUGGUUCUCACACAGGCACAUCUGGCAGCAGGAACCAAUGGGAAGAAUACGACUGUGCAAUAUAGAAUUACGGCUCCUCCAUCGUAUGGGAAACUUCUCAUGGACGGUCUGGAGGUUACCGAUUUCGGUCAGGAUGCUCUUCAAGCAAGUAGAUUAAGUUACCACAUGGUCGGUCUUAAAUCCUCGCAGGAUAGCUUUGAGUUUACGGCAUUCACGUCAGAGGCGAACCUGACCGAUCAGGUAGUAAACAUCACCGUUAAGCCUUUGAUAACCUACGCGGAAGACGUACGGAUUCCGAAUGGAAUACGUUUCAAGAUCAAGGCAGAACUUCUGAAUGUCUCGGAGCUUACUGCGAUCAGUGACAGCGAUCCUUCAUUUGAGAUUGUGUCCCCUCCAACGUAUGGGAAGGUCAAGACGAAACAAGACGACCCCGCCAGAGCAUUUUUAUUCAGUGACUUGCUCAAGGAGGAGAUCUUCAUUGAGAUGAAGGCCAACCUUACUGGAGUCCUGGAGGUUCAAGACUCGUUCGGAUUCCUCCUUAAAGCUGGAAAUCUCCAAUCUGCGUACGGGAGGUUUGUCUUCACCAUAGUGCCAUACGAUCCUCUCAUGACGACGCCUGCACCGUGGUACACCACUAGUACCGUUUCACCCAGGCAAACCACAACGAGUCCUUCUCUGCUUUCCGAUUCUCCUUCAGUCCGGCCCACACAACAUGCCACCAAUUCCCUACCGAAGUUCAAAGGGCGCAAUCGCUGGGGUAACUCGACCCGCACCGACUCGUCCGACUCGUAUGCCACUACGGUGCACAAACCCGCUCACGGACUUGACAUCUCUCCGGAGAAAGACACCCCAGUAAGGGUUGAGUCAGUCGCCCAGACUACCUCCUCCAACCCCAUGGUCAUAAUUCUCCCCCUCUUGGCUCUUUUGCUUGUUGUAACUGUGGUCAUACUAGUCUUAAUCUUGAGGCGAAACCAACAGAAGAAGCAGAAGCCUUUGAGCGACGCAUCUGCUCGUCAAAGUUGUCCUGAGAGUAGGUCGUUUCCCGACCACCCAGAGUGGACGGCAAAGGUUCCUUUAGUGACCGUAACCCCUCUCAGCCCGAGUAGUCCGACUCUGACGAGACUUCAGGGCGAGUCUACGACUCCGGGUUCAUUUGGAGACCUGGACUCCGAGGCCGGUCAGUUUGGCAGGAUCGCGACCCCCAGGCUGAGGCACAAUCAGUACUGGGUGUGAACUCGGACACACUGAUGUAAAUACGUUUGAUUUGUAAACCUUUUUGUUUACACUGACUUUUUGACAAUUCCUUUGUAAAUGGUAUGUCCACAUGAUAUAUAUGGACAGCCCUGACCUCAUCAGUGCCUACCGCAACCUCAAGAAGCACCUUUUCUCAUCUAAGAUCAGUUUGUAACCUCGCAGAUGCCUUUAUUUUAUUUGAAGCAAGGUAGUAGACAGAACAACAUUGUUUGAAGCUGCCUCAGAUUGUGCUGCUUGAAUCUAGCUGGGUUUGAAUUACUGGUGGACUAGGGGUAUCAGACUCUCCUAAAUAACCUGUGGACCAACUGCAAUCGUAAUCUGCAAUCCUAAUGCAAACCUUUUCAGCCGUACGAGGCGAGUUCAUGUGCGGAUGAGCCUUGUGCCAGCAGAGGUCGGAAUUGCACCAGUUAUGAGGAACCCUGGUCUGGCUUUUUCCCACCCUGUGAACAACAGCCAAUCGUAUUCGAAAUCCCAGCUAGCGUAUAUUACCGCCGCGCCACCUGAGCGCUCAUAAUAAAGGUACUUUUUAAUAGCUCGUGUCUACCUCACAUAUCCACGAGUAAAUCACUGUCUAUCACUACUGGGAUACUAUAAAAUAGAAAGUAUGUAUUAUGAAAGACGACUAUGUAUUCAUGUGGUCAUGUUAAGAGGUACUAUAUGUGUUUUUAUGCUAUUGAUUAUGAUAUUUAACAAUUUAAUAAUAUGUAUUUAUAUAGGUCUGGGACUUUCAAUUUUAAAACAGGUUGUUUGCGGUCUGAACUUCACAUUUUUUGGAGGGUUUUUCCUGGAACCAUUGCUGAGAAAAAGGCCGAACGGAAACAGGACAAAUGACAUCAGUGUGUCUUUAUCAGGCAGGGAUAAAAACAGCCUCCAACUCAGCUCCCAGGAAUUAAUGUAAUUUCAAUACGUAGGAGGUUCAUUAUUUAUCUGUCUUUGGUUGAAAUAGAUGGACAGAUUGACAAUUGUUUGGUAUAUGUAAGAAAGACUUUUAUAUGCCUUCAUGUAUACCAAACAGGCGCCUCUCUAUCUGCCAAUCAGGGUCCUUAAAGGGACAGUGGUAGCCUAGUGGGUAAAGCUUUGGGCUAUCAACUGAAAGGUUGAGAGUUUGAAUCCCAGCUCUGCCACGCAGCCCCUGUUGAACCCUUGAGCAAGGCCCUUAGCUCGCUCUCUGCUCGACCCUGCGCUCUGACAACAGCUUCCAAACUGGGAUAUGCGAAGAAAGAAUUUCAUUGUACAGUACACAUCUGUAUAUGUAUAUAUGACAAAUAAGGUAUAUCCUUACACAGCGUUUGAGCGUUUAAGACCCCACCCACGUAGUCCGGCAUCCCACCCUAGCAGAGAUGUGCCUGCUGCAGGCACUGCCAGUUAUGCCUGGUAGAUGGCGCCCAGCCGACCGGUGGGAAUAUCCCGCUGUGCCACCUGGGUGCCGAAAACAUCAAAAUUGUUAUUGCAUAAUUUAUUGUCUGUUUUACUACCGUCAUAAUGCCCCCAGUCGUUGCUCUUAUCUUUCGGUCAGAACGACUGACACAUUCAUCCAUUGGCCAAUACUGCUGGCUUGUACCAUUGACGUCUACGGAAGUGUAUUCUCUAUGUAGCUAUUUAUAGACUGCCUUUCAAUAAUUUAUUGGGAUUUCUGUCGGCAGGCGUAAAGCUUAAAUGGUAUUUUAUUAACAUGUAGGUGUGCAACUUGAAGCUUUCUGUGUGACAAAAAUUCAAUUAUACCAUUUAAAAGCAUAUAAAACUAAGGUGUGAGGUAACUUAACAGUUCAUCAUGUUAUUGCAGUUACAGUUAUUAUUUUAUUAGACAUUUAAGCUGUAUUUAUGUAUUUUGUAUCUCCGUAUAUCACUGUAAUGCUACACAACACUACGUCUGCACUGAUUUAAGUAUGUAAAGUAAAGCCUUGUUGAACAUUUUUAUAUAUAUUUUAUUAUGAGCUACUGAAGGCAUUCACAGUGCACGGACGUCUGUACUUUACUACAGUAUAUUGUAUCAUUUUGCUCAGGUUAUGAUUAUGCAGAUACAGAAAACUGUUGUAUUUAGUAUUAAACACUGGAGUGUUCGUUAUUGUUGUAUCUAUUAAUUAUUAGAGCCUGUAUUGCACACAAUCAAACUGCUGUAUCAUGCUGAACUCUGUAUUACUGUAUGUCAACAAUCACGGCGUGACUGGGAUAAGAUGUAAAGGCCUGAUAAUUUUUUACCCUACUGUAUUGUUUGGAACGUUGUGGUACUUCAGCAUAUCGAGUCUGAAAUAAAAUGAUUCAUUGCACAA